AUGAUUAAUAGACUUAAAACAGCAUACCAAAUUUAUGUUUAUUCAACACCCAUACCCGUUUUGUCAAAGGAAGAGACUAUUAUAUUGAAUACGAUCAUAUCGAUUCUUCUUUCGGUUAUACUCUUUUGCAUCCUAAAUAUUCUUAAAGCAGUUACGGUCAAUUCAAUCGAAUAUGGAUAUUAUAUUAUAACUGGGGACUUUAUUCCAAUAAGUGCCUUGCUGAAUACACUUCUAGCAACCAGGUUAAUGUCACAAUAUAAGGUGGAUUUGUUUGGCAAUGUAUUAUCCAGUAACCAAACAAGCAUGUAA